AGCCAGCAAUUUAUGAAAUUAUCGUGCCAAUGAUGGCAGCUGAGUAUGGUUCAGAUGAUGGUGUUAUUGCUACCAAUGAUGAUGCAACAAGUUGCAAGGCUUGUGCUGUAUCCCUAGGCUAUUGGAAGGACCCAUACCUCCCUCACGUUUACCCAGCUGCUCCUGACAGACGCCCUCCUGAAAUAAACAGAGGGUUCUACGCCAGAACUCAUUCAAUAUUCUUGCUUAUCCAGAAAUUCAUCCAGGUCACAAAAGGCGACUGUCAGAUAGUCAACCUCGGUGCUGGGUUUGACACUCUCUUCUGGCGACUUAAGAGUGCCGGUCACACACCUGUCCGCUUCAUAGAACUAGACUUCUCUGAGGUGACUGCUAAGAAAACUCACUACAUCCAACGAUCCAAAGCCCUACUGCAAGCUAUAUCUGAUGAUGACUAUGACAUCAAGCUAAACCGGAACAACCUGCACGGCUUCAGGUACAAGCUCAUGAGCACAGAUCUGCGGGUCCUAUCUGAAGUGGAGGCCAAGCUGGAAGAGAGUGAAAUUGACUACAGUUUGCCCACAGCCUUCAUUGCAGAGUGUGUGCUCGUCUACAUGUGCCCCACUAAGUCGUCACAGUUGCUCAACUGGAUCGCUAAAAAGUUCAAGUCUGCAUUUUUCAUCAAUUACGAAAUGGUGAACCUUGGUGAUCGCUUUGGUGAGGUGAUGCUCUCAAACCUGCGGUCACGGCACUGUGACCUGCAGGGCGCCGCUGCCUGCGCCACACUGCAAUCUCAGGAAGACAGGUUUGUGCAAGAGGGCUGGGCGGGAGCUGAAGCAACCGACAUGAUGGGGCUGUGGGAGAGGCUGCCUCGAGCUGACGUGUCUCGCGUGAUGCGCCUCGAGAUGCUCGAUGAAAACGAGCUGCUCACUCAGCUCUUCUCGCACUACUGCAUCACCACGGCCUGGACCGACACCAGAUGGACCGAGAUUACUCUUUAAUUUCUAACGCGUUGUAGCUUCGUGCCGUGCUGUGGUCUGGCGCAUCUCAUACGCCUUCUGCACAAUAUUCACUUCUUCCGACAUUUAUUUAAAUUAAGGGAUUUCUUAUGUAGGUAUUUGCUAUUGUUAUUAGUUCCGAAAUCUUAAUUAUUAGUUCCGGCAUAUCAGUUAUUGGGCUGGCAUCCGUGAAAUGGAGUUAAGUCCCCCCCUUUUUACUCGCUGUAACGUAGUUUAAAUUAAUUAAAUCAAGUGCCAUGAGACGCCGAAGGAGAAAUUAAGACAAUCAUCAUUCAGCCGAUGCAAAGAAUUUAUCUCGGCAUAAUCUUGUUGCUUAUUUGAAAUGUGGCUGGAGAAUCAAACUUCAAUUCUAGGUUUUACUUUCGCUGGUCCAGUAUGUUGAAUAUGGACGUGUUAAUUAACAUUUCAGGGAAAAGAAACGUGAAAUUUUCUUUCUUAAUUUAAUGGCGAGAAUUUAAUUUAAUUUAACUUUAA